UCUGACAUGCAACAUCAGUGCAGUGACAAACGCAAAAAGCAACGGUUGGAUAGCUUAAGUGCAGCUGUAAAAACGUGAUUUAUUUCUAAAGUGCAAUUACUACGAAUAAAUUAGCAAUUAAUAUUUCUUGAAACUUAAAAAUAUGGCGAAAAUUGCUUUUGAGCUUCUCACACUCGAAAAUGAAGUUUUAAGAGCAUAUCUCUUUUGGUCAGCGAUUUUGGUGUUGAAAAUGCUAUUCAUGUCGCUGUUGACAGGAUUAAUGCGUUUUAGGACACAGACCUUUAUCAAUCCUGAGGAUAUUUUAGAUAAACGGAUUAAGGUGAAAUACGAUAACCCGGAUGUGGAACGUUGUCGUAGGGCGCAUCGCAAUGACCUUGAGAGUAUCUUACCUUUCUUCGUCAUCGGAUUGCUGUACGUGCUAAUCAAUCCCGGCCCAAAAUUAGCCAUCAACUUGUUCCGUGCCGUGGGUAUCUCCCGCAUUACACAUACUAUCGUUUAUGCUGUUGUUGUUGUGCCACAACCAAGUCGCCUGUUGGCAUUUUUAGUUGGUGCAUUAGUAACCACCUACAUGACGUUUCAGGUGGCGCUGACUGUACUGUAAGGGUUGAAGAAUUGGAAGAAACUCAAUUAUCGUAUGCUUAAAUAUUAGGGAGUGUCAAGAGAAGACACGUUUUUUUUAGAUAAAAAAACAUCCAUUAUUUUGAUUUAGAUUUUUGGUACUUCAGUGCAAAUAUGUAUUAAUGAUUACACUGAAAGGUGACGUUAUUAAACAAUUAAAGGCAUAAAAACAUUGCAAGACAUUAUCAAAAAUGACCUGCAUAUGAAUAUUUC